AUGUAUAAUGACUUAUAUUAUUAAAAUAUAAUAAGUAGAUGUAAAUUUCAAUUUAAAGAAUUCUUAGAUAAGGGGACAGAUGAAUAUUAAAAUGUAUAAGAUUUUAUGGAUUUAUUGAAGUAGUGUAAUUAGAGUUUAGAAAAUUAAAAAAAUUUCAUAAGAAAAUAUUUGGCUAAAGAUCCUUCAAAAUACUAAAGGAUAUUUGAUUUGAUGCUAAUUUGUAUUAAUAAUUGA